AUGAACCACUCUAAAUUGCUCCCCAACGCCAGGGCGAUCCUCGUCGUUCGCAACAGACUCACUUCCUCUGGCAAUAACGUCAAUGCUAGAUUCUCCACUGCCAGCUCGAAACUGAACGAGACGACAUCCGAGACGAGGUCCAACUAUACACCAAGACCACGCAGACAAUCUACCACGACAACUAAUAAUCGGUUUAAUAGCGGGAAGAAACAACAAUGGCAAUCUUCUUCUCCUCGCGAAGCGCCCAAUAGCACCACCAAGCACAAGCUAGUCCUCUCUGGCCUACCCACGACGUUGCUACCAGCCGAUUUUAAUCGUCUUGCUGCUGAUAAACUCGCUGGUUGGAACGAAAUCAUCAGCCAUGUUCACCAGGAGCGCGAUCCUUGGACCAUGGAGCCCCUCGGCGUAUACCACAUCACAUUCUCCUCCUCUGCUGCUGCCAGUCUAUAUAAAGACAAGAUCGAGAGACUCCUUCGUCUUUCCCAAAUAAAGUUCCAGAGUAAAAAUGGUCUCUGGACGAGUAAUGUCCCCAGUGUACUACUAGACCCAGGGAAAGACCCCGAGAAGGAACUGGAGCGCUUCACGAUCCUUCCAGGCUCUUACCAAGCCCGUAUCAAGACGAAACAGAGUCGCGUGCAGGGCAAAAUGGCCUGGCAGCAUGUCAUCGACCAGAUUAUCAAGAGUUCACAUAUCAGGACUCUUCGCCCUAGCGCAGUAUUGAUCGAACUGCCAGAAAAGAGUUUCUCGGCCGCGGAGCUGAAGACCAUCAUCUAUCAGGACGGGACUGAAAGUGGUUACGAUUGGGCGACUGAAACUCAUAUAUACGACCUUUCCAAGGUCACCGAUCUAGGCGAGAAGAUCUCCCGAAGUACAUCGCGGGCACGUAGGAACGACGCCGAGUUCCGUCAGCGACACACUACACGUUUCAUCAUGGUGUGCGAGACCCCAGAGACGGCAUGGCGGUUCAUUCGGAGCUGGAACCAGCGAGUUCUCGAGUACGACCAGGGCGAAGGCAUCGUCUUGCGUAAUCGUGUAAAAGCAUCAUACAUUGACAUUUAG